AUGGGGCUUCCUGAGGAGCGGGGCCGGAGCGGCAGUGGCAGCGGGGGCCGGGAGGAGGCUGGCGCGCGGAGCCGGGCGCGGAGUUGGUCGCCGCCGCCCGAGCUCAGCCGCUCCGCGCACGUCUCCUCGCUGCAGCGCUACCGCGAGCUGCACCGAGUCUCCGUGGAGGAGCCGCGAGAGUUUUGGGGAGACAUUGCCAAGGAAUUUUACUGGAAGACCCCUUGUCCUGGCCCAUUCCUCAAGUACAACUUUGAUGUGACUAAAGGAAAAAUAUUCAUUGAGUGGAUGAAAGGAGCAACUACCAACAUCUGUUACAACGUACUGGAUCGAAUUGUCCACGAGAAAAAACUUGGUGACAAAAUUGCUUUUUACUGGGAGGGCAAUGAGCCAGAGGAGACUACCCAAAUCACAUAUCAUGAACUUCUGGUCCAAGUGUGCCAGUUCAGCAAUGUUCUCCGAAAACAGGGCAUUCGGAAGGGUGACCGAGUGGCCAUCUACAUGCCCAUGAUACCAAAGCUUGUGGUAGCAAUGCUGGCAUGUGCUCGCCUUGGGGCUCUCCACUCCAUUGUGUUUGCAGGCUUUUCUGCAGAGUCUCUGUGUGAACGGAUCCUGGAUGCCAGUUGCAGCCUUCUCAUCACUGCAGAUGCCUUCUACAGGGGGGAAAAACUUGUGAAACUGAAGGAACUGGCUGAUGAGGCCCUGGAGAAGUGUCGGGAGAAGGGUUUCCCCGUGAGAUGCUGCAUUGUGGUCAAGCACCUGAGGAGGACAGAGCUGGGAACAGGUGACUCUCUCAGUCAGUCCCCCCCAAUUAAGAGGCCAUGUCCAGAUGUGCAGGGUAAGCUGAAAGAAAAACCCAAGUGCAUCUGGCCCCAGAUAUCCUGGAAUGAGGGGGUUGACUUCUGGUGGCAUGAACUCAUACACGAGGCAGGGGAUGAGUGUGAGCCUGAGUGGUGUGAUGCCGAGGACCCGCUCUUCAUCCUGUACACCAGUGGCUCCACAGGCAAACCCAAGGGUGUGGUACACACAGUUGGAGGCUACAUGCUCUAUGUGGCCACAACCUUCAAGUACGUGUUUGACUUCCAUGCAGAGGAUGUGUUCUGGUGCACAGCAGACAUUGGCUGGAUCACUGGCCAUUCCUAUGUCACCUAUGGACCAAUGGCUAACGGUGCCACCAGUGUUUUGUUUGAGGGGAUCCCCACAUACCCGGACGUGAGCCGCAUGUGGAGUAUUGUGGACAAGUACAAGGUGACCAAGUUCUACACAGCACCUACAGCUAUCCGCCUGCUCAUGAAGUUUGGAGAUAAGCCUGUCACCAAGCAUAGCCGGGCAUCCUUACAGGUAUUAGGCACAGUAGGAGAACCCAUCAACCCUGAGGCCUGGUUGUGGUACCACCAGGUAGUAGGUGCCCAACGCUGCCCUAUUGUGGACACCUUCUGGCAGACAGAGACAGGUGGCCAUAUGCUGACCCCCCUCCCUGGUGCAACACCCAUGAAGCCUGGUUCUGCUACCUUUCCAUUUUUUGGUGUAGCUCCUGCAAUCCUGAAUGAGUCUGGGGAAGAGUUGGAAGGUGAAGCGGAAGGCUAUCUGGUGUUCAAGCAGCCCUGGCCAGGGAUCAUGCGCACCAUCUAUGGGAAUCAUGAACGCUUUGAGACCACUUACUUUAAGAAGUUCCCUGGGUACUACGUGACAGGAGAUGGUUGCCGGCGAGACCAGGAUGGCUAUUACUGGAUCACUGGCAGGAUUGAUGACAUGCUGAAUGUAUCUGGACACCUGCUGAGCACGGCAGAGGUGGAGUCAGCACUUGUGGAACAUAAGGCUAUCGCAGAGGCAGCCGUGGUCAGCCACCCUCAUCCUGUGAAGGGCGAAUGCCUCUACUGCUUUGUCACCCUGUGUGAUGGCUAUACCUUCAGCUCCACUCUCACCGAGGAGCUCAAGAAGCAGAUUAGAGAAAAGAUUGGCCCCAUUGCCACACCGGAUUACAUCCAGAAUGCACCUGGCUUGCCUAAAACCCGCUCAGGGAAAAUCAUGAGGCGGGUGCUUCGGAAGAUCGCUCAGAAUGACCAUGACCUGGGAGACAUAUCUACUGUGGCUGACCCAUCUGUCAUUAGCCAGCUCUUCAGCCACCGCUGCUUGACUGUCCAGUGAACAAGACUGCCCUUUAUCCCGUACUCCCCGCUGCUUGCCUUUCCAAAGUUUUGCCCACCCUCCCUGCCCCUAUCCAGGAGUGCUAAGGGCCAGGGCUGACCCACACGGAGGACCAGCUUUACCCCUGGGUGGAGGCAACUUUCUGUGACUGCCAGGAAGAUAGGACAGGACCCAGGUCAGUAUCAGGCUGCAGUGCUUUCAAAGAGCUCUUGGAGCCCAGAAUAGGGUGAAGGUCAUGUCCCUAACCCAAACUGAGUGUUCGGAAAGCAACUGAGGGCCUAGACCAGCCGUGGGCAAACUGCGGCCCGCGGGCCGGAUCUGGCCCGUUUGAAAUGAAUAAAACUAAAAAAAAAAAAAGACCGUACCCUUUUAUGUAAUUAUGUUUACUUUGAAUUUAUAUUAGUUCACACAACACUCCAUCCAUGCUUUUGUUCCGGCCCUCCGGUCCAGUUUAAGAACCCAUUGUGGCUCUCAAGUCAAAAAGUUUGCCCACCCCUGGCCUAGACUGAAGAAGCAGGUAGGCAGCUCUGUAAUCCUGUCAACUCUCAGGAAGCACCAGUACUUAUCUUGGGCAUGCACUUACCCUUAGAAACACCUGUGUAUGAGACCUGGAAUAAUUAUUACUUUUAAAAACACUUUGCUUCUUCUGCUCUGGGUCUUUUGUGCCAGAUGGCAGUGCUUGCCUGCCCAUUUGCUCCAGGGGCUGUGCAAGCAGGCUGUUUCCAGAUGGUUUUCAGAUCAUUUGCUUCUUUGCAAGAGUAAAUGUGUUUUAUUCCUAGGGCCAGAGGAACUUGUCUUCCUUGCCCUCUGUUCCCACCCUCAUCUGAACACAGUUGUGCCCACGACAGACACUCUCAAAUGAAACUCUUUUCUUGCCUUGGUUCUGCUCAAGCCCUGUGGUUGUUGGAAUAAAGUCUGUGACCUCAA